AUGAUGGAUGGAAUCGAACGCGGCUACGAAGGCGACAAGGUGGACGGCCAUCGGCUGUUGGUACCGAUGGCGACAUUCUUGAAUGUGCGUUAUCGUAUAUAUCUGGUGCAAAAAUCCCCGUCCAAUGUGGAAUGCGGCUUGGUUGGCCUACGUUCUGGAGCCACGUACAAACGGGAACCACCUGAAAAGAGCAAUAUUUGCACCACGGUAGUUCUCACAUCUUGUCUUAUCCUCCUUCUUGUGAACAGGUACAUGGCAUAUCCACCGCUACUUAAAUAA